AUGUCGCAGCGUGAGGACCCUCUGGCCUAUGGCCAUUACUACUCUAAGGAAUCAUCGCGAGGUGCAGGAAAUGACAGCGCUCGGGGUUUCGUUGGUGACACCUUCAAGAAACUGAAGGAAACCUACAAAGCCCAUCAUCCCCCUCAAGGCCAGGCACCACCACCGCAGUCCAACCCGGGAUCCUACGGGGGUUACCAGGCCCAGAGUCAGCAGCCGCAGAAUUACCAGCCCCAGAGCUACCAGUCCCAGGGCUCCUCACAAAACUAUCCUCCGACCGGUAGUUCCGCCGCCUACCAGGAACCUCCGUACCAAGGAAACCAGCAAGGAAGACCCAGUAAACCAAGAACACAAGAUAAGGUUCACGGAUUGCUGGGGAAACUUCAGGGCACCGUCACCGGUUAUGGGAACGAAUUUGCACAGCGUUUGGGAACGGCUCUCGAUCCCCAGGCAUACGCCGAAUAUGGGAGGCCCCAGACCCAGCAUCGGUUCAACAGCUUUGCACCCGAUCGCCAGGGUAACGAGGUGAAGUGGUACGUAGACGGGUGCUCCUAUUUCUGGGCCGUUUCCAAGGCGUUGGAAAGUGCCCGAGAGUCUAUUUGGAUUCUGGACUGGUGGCUGUCUCCAGAACUGUACCUGCGACGACCCGCGGCUAAGAAUGAGCAAUACCGGCUGGAUCGGAUGUUGCAGGCAGCAGCACAGCGGGGCGUGCGAGUAAACAUCAUCGUCUACAAGGAGGUCACUCAAGCAUUGACUCUCUCCUCCGCUCAUACGAAGCACCAUCUUGAAGAACUGCAUCCCAAUAUUGCCGUGUUCCGGCACCCCGACCAUCUACCCGACGGCCAGGAGCUGGCUUCCUCGAUCACGUCGUCGCUUCAGAAUUUCUCCUUGGAUGCCAAAAAUCUCGCCAAGAUGUCGGGUGAAGCCCUCAAGGGCCUCUACGGCAUGCAUGAAGACAUGAUUCUCUACUGGGCACACCAUGAGAAGCUCUGUCUGAUCGAUGGUCGGACGGCGUUCAUGGGUGGUCUGGAUUUGUGUUUCGGGCGCUGGGAUACCAACCAGCACACAUUGACAGAUGUGCACCCCGAGAACUUGGACGAAAUUGUAUUCCCCGGCCAGGAUUACAACAAUGCCCGCAUUCUGGAUUUCCAGGAUGUGGCUCAAUGGGAGAAGAACCAGUUGGAUCGGAAGAAUGCGUCUCGCAUGGGCUGGUCCGACGUGGCCGUCAGCCUGCACGGCCACGUCGUCGAGGACCUGCGGCGGCAUUUUAUGGAACGGUGGAACUUCAUCUACGAUACGAAAUACCACUCUCGUCAGAACCCAAAAUACGCCCGACUGGCACUGUACGGUCGACCCAGCCGACCGAGCUCAUCGACUGGCCCGCAUCAAGCGCCCCAGCAGGCGCCCCAACAACCACCGACUCAGCAGCAACCGGCGGUUCAGCAGGCCGCUCAGCAGACGGGCACUCAGCAGGUGGAUGCUCAGCAGGUGGGCAGUCAACAGCAGGGAUUUCAGCAACCGGCUUUCUCGCCGCAGGCUGGUGGAGGGCUGUCGAUGAUCCCCCCCUACUCCACCACAGGACAAUCGCCAUCGCCAGAUCCUCCUCCUGCCUACAGUUAUUCUGGGGGUUCCUUCCCACCGCCACCUCCCGGACCACCACCGACUCAAUCCGAACCGGCUCAGAGUCAGACCCAGACCCAGCAAGGCCAAACCCAGGUGCCUUACUUCUCCCCUCCUCCUACUCAAGGAGUCCAGGCAGGUCAAGCAUCGCCCCAGGCUCAUGCCCAGUCGCCGGGCCAAUACCAGACUCCCUACUAUGCGCCUCCGCCAACUCAAGCCAGUCAAUCAACGCCACAAACACAAACCCGCGGUGUCGAUGAUUACUAUCAAGGCACACGAGGCUACGGUGACCAGGACCGGGGCUUUGCGCCCCAGCGUUUCCGUGAGGAGCUGACCCAGUAUGGAAACGUGCUUCGCGGUCAACUGGCCGGUCAGAUCCACCAGUAUCAGGAUCGGCUGACAGCCAUUGGGGGGGGUCCAAUUCUCAGCCCCGAGGAAACAUGUGUUGCCAAAUCCCACGGAACCCCCACCGAACAUUCGAUUGCCGAUGCCUACGAGGCGAUCAUCCGCAACAGCGAGCACUUCAUCUAUAUCGAGAAUCAAUUCUUCAUCACGGCGACCGGCGACGCGCAGAAACCAGUCCAAAACAAGAUCGGCGCAGCCAUUGUGGAGCGAAUCCUGCGUGCAGCGCGGGCAGGCCAGAAAUACAAAGUCAUCGUUGUCAUCCCAUCCGUGCCCUGUUUCGCCGGUGAUCUGUCUGACGAGUCGAGCCUGGGAACCCGGGCCAUUAUGGAAUUUCAGUACAACUCUAUCAAUCGGGGAGGGAACAGCAUCAUGGAGCUCAUCGCCAAAGAGGGCUACAACCCCAUGGAAUAUAUCCGAUUCUACAACCUGCGCAAUUACGACCGCAUCAACAUCAGUGGGUCGUUGGUGCAGGCCGAACAACAGAGCGGCGUCAACUACGAAGAUGCUCGCAAGCAGCAUGACAUGACGGCCGUUGGACAAGGCGGUUACGGUCCAGGGGCUCUUCGCACUGCAUUCGAUACCAGCGCCCCCUUCCAGCAAUACCAGCAUGCAGCCCGCGAGAUUGGUGGUGCUAAAUCCGGCUCUGGUCGCUGGGACAGUGUGAGCGAGUGCUACAUGCUGAAUGGACCCGACAUCCGCAACGUGCCCUGGGACGGCCCAAGUGACGCUGAGAUUGAUGCCUUUGUGACCGAGGAGCUCUACGUUCAUUCCAAGGUCAUGAUUGCCGACGACCGUGUGGUGAUCUGCGGAUCCGCUAAUCUGAACGAUCGGUCCCAGCUUGGGGAUCACGACUCGGAACUCGCCAUCAUUAUCGAGGACUUUACCCCGGUGCAGUCCAGCAUGAACGGCAAGCCCUGGACGGCGAGUCGCUUCGCGUCAUCGUUGCGACGACAGCUCUUCCGCAAGCAUCUCGGUCUUCUGCCCGUGCAGAACCACCAGCAACCGGACGCGAAUUUCGAGCCCGCCGGGGUCCCCAACCAGUUUGACUUCGACGCGCCCGAGAGCAAACUCGUGGCGGAUCCCCUGGCGGACACGAUGCAGAGUCUGUGGAAUACGCGGGCGCGAACCAACACGGACGUCUUCCGUAAGGUGUUCCACUCGGUUCCGGACGACCAUAUUCGCAACUGGGCGACGUACAAGGAGUUCUAUGGAUAUUACUUCCACCAUGCGGACAAGCAGGCGUUCGGUGCAGAGCAUGACGGGCCGCGGGCUCGGUACCGGUAUGGGCAUGUGGUGCGGGAUGACUUCCCCGCGGGACCGGAGGGAGUGCAGCAAGUUAAGGAGCUGCUCAGUCAGGUGAAGGGCACAUUGGUGGAGAUGCCGUUGAUGUUUUUGAUCGAGGAGGAUGUGGCGAAGGAGGGAUUGAUGCUUAACGAUUUGACGGAAGCGAUCUAUACGUGA